AUGUCCACCACUACCACCACCAAGCCCUACCCGGCACCCCCGGCCACCCCUCCUUCCUGGGAGUACACUCCAGAGCAGGUGACCAAGAGUGCGGAUGACUGCAUCGCGUCCAGCGACGAGCUUCUCACCGAGGUUGCCGCUCUUCCCAAGGAGCAGCGUACCUUUGAGAAUGUCAUCCGCCGCAUGGGUCUCCACGAGGUUGAGGUCGAUUCGUUGGCUGAACCUGCGCUCUUCCUCCAGUACGUCAGCCAGGACGAGGGUAUCCGCAACGCGUCCGUGGACAGCGACAAGAAGCUCCAGGAAUACGGUCUGAAGGUCCUCGCGCGCGAGGACAUUUACGAGGCGCUGCUCGACGCGGAAGCGCACACCAAGGCAAACGGUGUCAAGCUCAACGCCGAGGAGCAGCGUCUCAUGGACCGCAUGAUCCGUGACCGCAAGCGCAACGGUCUUGGCCUUGAGAAGACCAAGCGCGACGAGCUCCUUGCCCUCCAGACCAAGAUUAUGGGUCUCGAGGUCGACUUCCAGCGCGCAUGCAACGAGGAGAAGGGCUCGCUGCUCUUCACCGAAGAGGAGCUUGUCGGCGUCCCUCAGGCGAGCAUCGACGGCUACACCAAGGAGGACGACAACCAAUACGCCGACCUUCCCGAGACACGUCGACGCGCCGUCCUCGGCUACGAGGGCAAGACGAUCCAGAACGUGCCGGUCCUCGACGAGGUGGUCAAGCUGCGCCGCAAGGUCGCCGACCUCCUCGGGUUUGACACGUUUGCCGACUACGUUCUCGACGUCAAGAUGGCCAAAGACAGCAAGACUGUCCUGGCGUUCCUCGAUGAUCUGCUGGACAAGCUCAAGCCCGUCGGCGAGGCCGAGAGGAAGAAAUUCCUCGCGCUCAAGAAGGAGGUGCACGAGAGCCACGGCUGGCCUGUGGACGACGAGUUCAACCUCUGGGACUACCGCUACUACGACCGUCUCUGGACCGAGCGCGAGCUCGCUCUUGACGACGAGAAGGUCAAGGAGUACUUCCCCGUUGACAAGGUCGUCCCUACCAUCCUGGACAUUUACCGCCAGCUGCUCAGCGUUCAGUUCUACCGCAUCCCCGUCGAGUCGGGCGGUGGAACCUGGCACAAGGAUGUCGAGGCAUACGCUGUGUGGGACCACAAGGACGGCAAGGAUGGCAAGUUCCUCGGAUUCAUGUACCUCGACCUUUUCCCCCGCGAGAACAAGUACGGCCACGCCGCCGUCUGGGGUCUCAUUCCCGGAUGGACCAAGGAGAGCGGUGCCCGCUCGUACCCCACUGUUUGCAUGGUUGCCAACCUCGCCAAGUCCACUCCCAAGCGCCCUGCUCUCAUGAAGCACGGCGACGUCGUCACCUUCUUCCACGAGAUGGGCCACGCCUUCCACGGUCUUUGCUCGGCUACCCAGUUUGGCCGCUUCCACGGCACCCACGUCGCGCGCGACUUUGUCGAGGCUCCCUCUCAGAUGCUCGAGAACUGGUGCUGGCUCCCCGAGCAGCUCAAGAGCAUGUCGGAGCACUACGAGACGCACGAGCACCUCCCGGACGACAUCAUUGCCAGCAUUGUCAAGAGCAAGAGUGUGAACCAGGGUCUUUUCAACCUGCGCCAGCUCUUCUUUGGCCUCUUUGACAUGACUGUCCACACAUCCAAGGAGGACCAGGACCUGACCAAGCUCUGGUGCGACCUGCGCGAGAAGACGUCGCUCGUCACCACCAAGGGCGAGUACAUUGGCGGCCAGUCGGGCUUUGCGCACAUUGUCGGCGGCUACGCGGCCGGAUACUACGGAUACCUCUACUCGCUCGUGUUCGCCGCGGACAUGUUCGAGUCGGUGUUCCGUGCCGACCCCAUGUCCCCGCAGCUCGGAUACAAGUACCGCGACUGCAUCCUGCGUCCCGGUGGCAGCAGGGACGAGAUUGACUCGCUUGUCGAGUUGCUCGGCCGCGAGCCCAACAACGAGGCGUUCCUCAAGCAGCUCCUCAGCGGCGCCGAGGUCGACGCCAAGCUGUAA